AAAAUGGCAUGGAGGGGAAAUCUGUCUCGGAACUUAAAGGAGCUGAGGAUCCUACUCUGCCAGUCUUCUCCUUCUAGCGCCACCACCAGAACAUUUGUGGAGAAGAACUACAAGGAUCUCAAGAAGUUGAACCCCAAAUUGCCCAUCUUGAUUCGCGAGAGCAGUGGGAUUGAGCCCCAGCUUUGGGCUAGAUAUGACUUGGGUGUUGAGAGGGGUGUCCGGCUGGAAGGUUUGACAGAACAACAGAUCUCAAAAGCACUUGAGGACCUUGUCAAAGUGGGGGAGUCUCUUAAAGCCUGAUGUGAUGAUAAUCUCAAAAGAAAUAAGAUAUGCAUCUUCCCAGGAAAAUCUAUCUUAUGACCACAUUUCUUCAAAUCAGUUGUGUAAGUUGAUUAUUUGGGUACCGAGCAAUGCUUGUUCUGUAGUUUAAAUAAGACGUGUACUUCUGUCUUACAUUAAGAAUGUACGACGAAAAAUCUUCCAAGAGGAAGUAACUCUGCUUAUUUUGUACUUCCUGAUUGAUAUGGUGCUUACGGCAAUGCUCGAUGUGCAACAUGGAGAUUCGAAAAUUCUUUA